AUGGCGACUGGCACUGUUCGCCACGUGCGAUACAUCCUCCUCGCCUGCUUUAUGCUGGCAGUCUUCUACUAUGUUUCGCAUUCCGGAGUCGGUACAAGCCCGCUGUCCGUCCAAACCCGCCUGCCUGAGCAUAAGGAUGGCACAACCGUGCCUUCUGAGAACAAGCCAGCUGCUGCUGGUUCUGAGCAACCCUCCAGCACCAACAAGAACACCAAAGGUGAUGCUGCCAGCAAGGGUGAUGUGGUUCCCAGGCCACAGUCGCCCAAUGACUUCAAGGUUACUACCAAUUACAACCCAAAGGACUACCCUAUGGCCAUGACCCCAAAUGACCCCGGCUGGGACAACUUGUGGAGCAUCGCUCCCGGGCCACGCAUGAAUGCCACAUUCGUGACCUUGGCUCGCAAUUCGGAUGUGUGGGAGUUGGCCAAGUCCAUUCGUCAAAUCGAGGAUCGUUUCAACAGGCGCUACAACUACCCAUGGGUCUUUCUCAAUGAUAAGCCCUUCGACGAGACCUUCAAGAAAAUCACAAGCUCCCUUGUGUCUGGCAAGACAUACUAUGGCCUGAUUCCUGAGGAGCAUUGGUCUUUCCCACCGUGGAUCGAUCAAGAGCGAGCUGCCAAGGUUCGCGAGGACAUGAAGGAGCGCAAAAUUAUCUAUGGUGACAGUGUCAGCUACCGUCAUAUGUGCCGGUUCGAGUCGGGCUUCUUCUUCCGCCAGCCCCUGAUGAUGAAUUAUGAUUACUAUUGGCGCGUCGAGCCUGGCAUCGAGCUAUACUGUGACAUCCACUACGAUCCGUUCCGCUUCAUGCACGAAAACAACAAGAAGUACAGCUUUGUCUUGAGCUUAUACGAGUACAUCGAGACUAUCCCCACACUUUGGGAGAGUGUCAAGAAGUUCAUGAGGAACCACCCGGAACAUAUCGCUGCUGACAACUCGAUGGCGUUCAUCAGCGAUGACGGCGGCGAGACAUACAAUCGCUGCCAUAUGUGGUCUAACUUUGAAAUUGGUAGCCUCAAUUGGCUCCGCUCCAAGGCCUAUCUCGACUUCUUUGAGAGUUUAGACAAGGAUGGUGGUUUCUUCUAUGAGCGCUGGGGUGAUGCACCGGUGCACUCCAUUGCUGCAUCUAUCAUGCUGCCCAAGGACCAAAUUCACUUCUUCAACGACAUCGCCUACUACCAUGUGCCCUUCACACACUGUCCGACUGGCGAGAAGUUGCGCGAACAGCUAAGGUGUCACUGCAAUCCCAAAGACAACUUUGACUGGAAGGGUUACUCUUGUACAUCCAGGUUUUAUGAGCUGCACAACAUGGAAAAGCCCGAGGGUUGGGAGCAGGAGAAAGAUUAG